AUGUGGCAACAAGCGGUUGUGACAUGCGCACUUCUUUUCUUCAAAACGAAAACUCAUUUAGUUCGAUCAAUUGUUAAAGGUACUUUUUUUUUGGGGGGGGGGGGAAACGAUGAAGUAUUGUCCAAUCGAGCAGAUGGACCCAACCGGAUAAAUGGGUCCAACCGGAUAGAUGGCGAAUCUUUUAGUGAUAUCAGAUACGAAAAAUUCCUCAAUUACUCCAAUGGGAAAAGUAUUGAUAUUGAUGAGUGUCACAACGAUAUUAGUAAUAACUGUCGCUUAUACGGUAGCUAUUUAUACCACCGAGAAGAGAUUAUUUAUGGAGCGACAAAUAGCUAUGCAAAUAUCUCCAACCGGAUAAGCAACUCAAAUCCGUUUUAA